UUCACCGUCCGCGAGCACUUUCCGCCUCAGCCCCGACAGACCUUCGACCUCCGUUUGUCUGGACCCGAGCAGGAGCGACGAAUAACAACGGACAUUCUGACUCGGUGCAUUGAGAACAGUCCGGAUUCUGGUGAGAUGGGCACGCAGAAACUCACUCUCCGGACCCUCAGGGUGCUACAGGUCCGCGAUGGGUCGACUUCGCAGGUGGUGCUGGUUAAAAUCAUUAAGGGUGACCUCGCCAACAUGCUGGUAGUCGCCAAGUUCUAUGAUCCGCUGUACUACAACCACCGGAAAUCUGAAGUCGAUCCGUUCCGCUGCGUCGAGGAGGAAUAUACCCGGGAGACGGCGGUUUACCAACACCUGCAUCAGCAUGGUCUGAGUGACUAUAUUCUCCAAUUCUGCGGAUCCUAUUCGCUUGACAUGCCAGUUCCCAAUAGAGGCAUUCGUCAGGUGCGUCUGAUCCUCGUGGAGUUCAUGUCGGGGUUCUCCAUGGACCGUCUUCGUCUCGACCGACUCGCCGUGGAGACCCGGCAACACAUCAUGAAGCAGAUCGUCAGAGCCGAGUCCAGAUUCUACGCCGUCGGCCUGCGGCAC